CUCCUUUUCCGCUUUUCUGAUUCUUUUCUUGAAGGUGAGCUUUCAGACCUCUGAACCCCUUCCUUAAAUUGUGAUAUAUUUUGCUUGCUUGAUGAUUAUGAAAAGCAAUCUUUCUUUCUUAAUCUGUGAUGGUGCAGCAUUUUGACUCUUACGAACAAUAAAUGUUCUUCCCAUGCAUAACUAAUGAAAUCUCGUCUUUUUUAUUCCAUCCUUCUUUUAAUUGUUCUGGUCUAUACUCGAUUGAUAGCUUCAUUUGUUCACCCAUCGUUCCUGCGUCGUUAAAAAAUGUCCAACGCUAUUGUGUCCAAUGUCUAUCGUUACGUUAUUGACGAUGUGAUCAACCAAGUUCGUGGUGAAUUUGAAGACAUGGGCAUCGAUGAGGCCAUCUUGCAAGAACUGCAGCGGUCAUGGGAAACAAAGGUGGCUCGGUCGCGAGUAGCCAACUUUGGCUUCACGGAAGAGAAUUUCUAUGAUGAAGAGACCGAUAAUCAUACAAAUAUGAAUAUGGGCUCUGCACCUGAUGGCAUGUCCUCUAUGCAGUAUCCUUCUACAUAUAAUCAGGGGGCUGCUGCAAAUUUAGCAUCAUUAGCUACUGUUGGAACAAGCAUGCGAACGCCCAUCAAACAAGAGCCAUUAACAAAUGGUGUGAUGCGACAGCAAGGUUACGCUUUGCCUCCACAAAACGCUCAAAGACCUAUGCCGCAAGCCAACAAUAACCAAUAUCCAAUGAUGCCACCGCCCAUGCCAACGUCACAACCAUUGCAAGUUCAAUCAUCAACGCCACAACAGCAUUCGCAGUUAUCCCAGCAACCAUCCCAACAGCCACAACAGACAUCAUCUAAUCCCUCUUCCUUGCAAAAUUUACAAUUGCCCGGUUCAGCGCGACCUAAUAUCCCUCAAAAUGACGGUUUGAAUGAUGACAUGACAACGGAACAAAUUGAUGCUCACAUUGCUGAUAUGAUCAUGAAGAAUGAAGCGGAUGAUGAACAAUCCACCAUUUCAUGUUCGGCACAUUGGUCAACUGGCGAACCUAUUGAGCUGAGCUCACUACCCGACCAUGUACAAGAACUCUUGCGUGAUGCGAAAGCAAGGGCUAUCAAAGCAGGCGCUAUUCGCUCCAAUACAAGAAUUCCACAACUGGAUGGUGAUGCCGGUAACGAUGAGGAUGAGAUCAAUUCCGAUCUGGACGAUUCCGAUGAUGCGGAUGAUGAUGCGGAGGGUGGUGAGGAAAUUGAGCACAUCAUCCUGUGUCUAUACGACAAGGUAACACGCACAAAGAACAAAUGGAAGUGUAUCUUGAAGGAUGGCAUCAUGUUGGUCAAUGGACGUGACUAUCUAUUCCAUCGCGCCAAUGGGGACUUUGAGUGGUAGAUUAGGAAUUAGCCAUCUUAUGCUGUAUAAAAAAAAAAGACUCGGAAAGACAAAUCAAAAAACAAAAAAAAACAAAGGAAAAAAAAAGAAAAGCAAUAAAAUCACUAUCGCCCUGUUUAUCACUAUCCUUUUUUAUCCCACCAUGACUUUUUGUUUUUCCUACUUUCCAUCCCAGGUAUAAUCAUGUCGUCCUUUUUAUAUGUAUGGGUUUAUCCAAGAUCCCGUUAUUUGACCCUUUGUAGUAACUUGCUUUUACCUUUAAUGAUGGGUCAUAUCCAAUAAAAUGCCAAUACUGUUUGUGAUAGCCAGUCUUCAAAAAGACUACGGCAGACCCAUCCGAGGUUAUCGUUCCUUUAUCUAAAUUCUCAUCGAACAUGAUGUCAAAAUAAAAAGAC